UUCACUUUGAUUCAUUUCACUCCACUUACCUUGCCAAUACUUACAUCAUGAAGGCAGCAGCUGGAUGCCUGUUCCUAAUGCUAGCAUUAAUAUCCAUCUUCGAUGUGGAAUCAGUCUCAAAAAACACAGUUGACUGCAGCAGUUAUAAAAAAACGCCACCAGGAGACCCCAUAUUCUGCACUGCUGACUAUAACCCAAUAUGUGGUUCUGAUGGGAAAACAUAUUCUAAUGAAUGCUUUUUCUGUUCUGCUGUUAAGCAGAGUGAUGGCAAAAUCAAAUUUUCCCAUAAGGGGAAGUGUUGAAUUAAAGCAUCAGUUCUGAAAUGUCCUCCAGUACUUUCCAUUCCUGCUAGAAGAUAAUGCACAAAACAGCUCUAAUUUUCAAAAGAUUCUCCUUCAGAAUGUUGGAUCUUCAACGUUGUUUGUACUGUUGCUUUCAGAAU